GAAAAAUGUUUGUACGUCCUCUCUGGCCGGUAUGGUCUGGUUGUGUGUCUGAUCUGAACCUGAACGCAUCGGACCCGGGGCUGUUGUCAAGAGAAACGUCGCUAACCUGAACACACGGCUUCUAGCUAGAAAGAGGAGAAAUGUUGGGGAGCAUCUGGCAGUACAUCUACACGUCCUUCCUGAGGUACUGGCUGAAGUGGCUCAUCAGACAGGGAACAGGGAAAUGUGAGCUGCAGAGAAUAUGCUCCGGAUACAAGCCAGGGGCAGCGAGGACAACAAAAGCAGAGUACUCUCUUCGACAAUCAAAGAACAAGGUUUUAAGAGGAGCUUUGGAAAGCAGCAAGGAUAAUUUAGAGCAAUGUGUGGAUCAAAUAAUGAGAGAGAAAAGCAUCAAACCCCAAAAAGAUCCCCAGUUCAAGGAGAAUCUUCACGUCUGUCUGCUGCAGAUAACAGGAUACAGCAGCUUGUAUGUAUGUGUAGAGGAUUUGAGAAAGGAAGUCUUCUGCUCAGACAACCCUGAUCAUGAGGUCAUGCUUUUGAAGUUGUGGGACCUGUUGAUGCCAGCAGUGAAACUGGAGUCCAGGAUAACCAAACAGUGGGGGGACAUUGGAUUCCAGGGAGACGACCCCAAGACUGACUUCAGAGGAAUGGGGCUGCUCGGACUAAUCAACCUCGUUUUUUUCAGUGAAAACUACACAGUGGAGGCUCGUCAGGUGUUGUCUCAUGCAAAUCAUCCUAAACUGGGGUAUUCAUAUGCUAUAGUUGGCAUCAACCUGACAGAGAUGGCCUACAGCCUCCUGAAGAGUGGUGCUUUGAAACCACAUUUCUACAAUACAGUCCAGGGAACACCUGAGCUCCGUCACUUUCAUCAGCUGUACUGUUAUCUGGCGUACGAAUUUGAUAAAUUCUGGGUGUCGGAAGAACCGGAGAGCAUCAUGCAGUUCAAUCAAUACAGAGAACAAUUCCACAGCAUUGUCAAGACACGUCUACAGGACCCUGAUGUGACCCUCACACUGACUGCCACUUCUAAAAAUUAACACAUGCCUCAGUUAUCCUCUGACCUCUCCGAGGGGUAAGCCGGGAAAAAGAAAAAAAAAAAAACACUGCUCGACAUUAACAACAUUAAAUCAGAUUGGAACUGGGUGGUUCUGUAGAGUUGUGUAUAAAAGGUGGACACGGAUUGACGAGCAGCUUGGAUUGCUACCACUCAUGGUCGAUGGGCAGCGUCUCCAACGAAUCUGUAGCUACAGUAGCCUCACAUUCAAAAACCUAAUUGUGUUGUCGUUUUCCCUUAGAAAUUUAACGCAGAAGUCUAAACCGCCUGUACGUCCAUCUUUUAUACAUAGCCUAUAGUCGAUCUCUCAUAUUCUAAUAUCGAGUCCAGCAGUGGUCGUUUCAAACAGAGCACAAACCUGCCGUCCUAUGCCUCAAAAGUUAUUGUUCCAGUUGUUGAUUCAUCCAUCAAUGGGGGAGUGAGAGCUGCUGCAGGGGGCUGUAGCGACGACGGCGUUUUAUUUCAUGAGGCUUUUAAGCACUUUCAGUCAGCAAGCAACCAAACUGUAGCACCGAGGGAGAGAACAACGGAGGGGAAACGGCCGUAUAUUAGUUGUCUUGUUGUGUUUAUUUGAGCAAAGCCUGCGUGUUCUCACAAUUGUCCUGCUCAGGAAUUUAAUAUUUAUGUUGACCAAUGUAAAGAAUGAUUUCCUCUUUGUGACGCUCCAUGGUGGUGCCCUCAUCUCUAAAGCCGUGCAUGGUUUAACGUGUCCCCACAGAUGUCAUUACUGUAAUUCACAAACAUGUACGUCUUAACAAUGAUUCAGAAGUUUUGUUACCUGUCCUUUUAUAAUCGUGUCGUGAUUUACUUAUGAGGAAUGCUAUGUGACGACUUACACGUGUUGCUCCAAGUAAAUAAAAACACAUUCAAUUUGAA